AUGCUUGCCAGGUGGGCAACAUGCGGUUUGUUCUUCACGUUCGGGCUUUCGGUCUCUGCGUGGAUUGCUGGGGUGCCUGGGCUGAAGGAAGCGUUUGAUCUGGACGAUGCGCAGUUGGGCAUGCUGUUGCUGUGCUACGGAAUGACGUGCAUCAUCAUGGCGUACCCGAACAGCCAGUUGGUCGGUCGUCUCGGACCGAAGACGGUGACCUACAUGGCAGUACCCGCGUCGUCGCUCUUGUUGUCGGCACUGCCGUGGUGGCGGAACACGGGUCGAGCACCCCACUGGGUCGUGGUCGUGGGCGGGAUGCUGGGUUCCGGCUACUACACUGCAUUUACCGUGAAGGCGACGAGGCUGGAGCAGCUUUUGGGGAAGAGCGUGAUGUCCUCGUUCCACGCCUGCUUCUCGCUGGGAGCUCUGGCGGGGAGCAGCUUCUUCUCUGCUUUGUUGCGUUGCGGUCUCUCGUGGUCCCAGGUGUACCCGCUGCAGGUGCUGACGGCGGCUGGGCUCACCUUGGGGCUCGUGAGCUUGUUGCCGCCCGACGAGGCGGAGAAUUUGCGCGGCGCACACGCGUGCGAAGAGGCGGAGGGGUGUUUCGGGGACGGAAAUUUGCCGGAAAUUGACUCGCCGAUUGCGGCGGCGUGCGCGGCCAUGCUAACACCAAUGCGGUCAUCGCCGCAAUUCGUGCCGGACGCGUCUCCGACCUCCGCGGGAGAGCGGCGGCUCGACUGGCGCGUGCUGCAGCUGGCGACGGUAUCCGCGUUGGCUUUAUUCACGGAGGCAAGCGUGGGCGACUGGGGCGCUUUAUUCUUCAUGCGGUACUGCGACGCGCGGAUGGACCAGGGGCCGUUGUUAUACGCGGCAUUCGCGUUCGCGAUGAUCCCGAUGCGCCUUUUCGGAGACGGGCUAGUUGACCGCUACACCCGCGAAACCGUGUUCCUCUGCGGCGGCUUAAUUUCCUUCGCCGGCUUCGCCUCCCUCGUCGCCUUCCCCACCUUCUGGGGCGCCUUCUGCAGCGCCGCACUCGUCGGCAUGGGCCUUGCCAACAACGUGCCCAUCAUCCAGACCUGCGCCGCGCGAAGCAAACUCAUGUCCAUUGCCGAAGUCACCGCCACACUUAGCGCACUCAACAGUGCUGCGCUCCUCGGAGGACCCAGCAUCAUCGGGCCCGUCUCUAGACGCUACGGCCUACGUGUCGCCUACCUCCUUCCCGUACUGGCCACCACAGUACUCGCCUCCUCCACCAACCUGCUGGACGUCAACCGAAAGAAAACCAGAAUGUUCGGCGACCGAGUCCACGUCUCCUGA